CCUCCUCUUAACCGUUUAACCCCUGCCCUAUCCUGCCAGGUCCCUCCCUCCUGUCACGUGGUGUAGUUGAUGAACAGGUUAGACCGUCCACGUUAGUCCUUCAGUUACUCUCGUAUCAUCACAACAUUUCUGUUGACCAGAAGUUAGUAAGGUCAGGGUCCUGCCGCCAGAGUUAGCGUGCGUUUUGCUUCAUUGCGACAGCAGGAAGCGUCUUGACGCGUAGUUGAGGUCGGCAGCCCUGUCUUAAAGGACUCCGGGAGAAAGUUGUCGCCAUAAGUGAGAGUGCUUAAGUCUGAAAGCCUCCGGCGCUUUGGUGGGACACAAGAUGGCUGGCACCCGGAGUAUCAUGUGGGACGGCUGGGCCCGCGCGCCUAAAGCCUGUACCGUCUGUCAGCAAGUCUCCGAGCACCCCUUCACCAUGACCUGUAACCACGUCCUGUGCGACACGUGUCUGGGGGAAUGCUCCCGCGGCAGGGGGAGGACCAACUUCAAGUGUCCGACCUGCCGCCGACCGGUCAGCCUCGGCAGGGCAGCUCUGUUGUCGUCGUCUUCACAAGAUCACGACGUCGAUCGUCUGAAAGGCGAGAAGAUCGUGCCGGUGUCUCAGACCCAAGAGAAGCCACAGAUGCCCGACCCCGAUGACCUGUCGGAGAAGCUGAAGAACAAGCGGCUGCUGCAGCUGGAUGAGAGCAGCUGUGACGACCACCUGCACGAGGUGUUCAGGUACUUCUGUCUGCGGUGUGACCGGCCCAUCUGUGAGGAGUGUCUUCUGGGAGAUCAUAACGAACACAAGGUGGCCCGACUGCAGGACGUCAAACAGCAGAUCAGGAAACAGAUCACUGGUCUCGUAGACCAGAAUUCCGGUCGUUUGGACGAGUUGAAGGACAGUCUGGAUGUGCUGGGACAAAUGGAGCUGGAGCUGGCCGCCGAGAAGGCUGAUGCCGAGACUGAUAUCGAAGAACACGCCCGCAAAGUCACAGAAGAAGUCCAGAGACAGAAACUGCAGCUUCUACAGGAGCUGAACGAAGAGUACGAGAGGGCGCAACAACCAAUGAGCAGCGACUUUCACAAGGUGUCCACCACUGUCAACGCCUUCGAAGGAGCGAAGAGAGCCGGGGACCGGGGAGACGUCCUGGAGAUGCUGCGGUGCAGGAAGCUGCUGGCCGAACUGUCCAGGAAGCCGGUCAUUCCCGUCUGCCAGACCGUCAAUCACUUCGAGUUCCGGCCGUCUAACCGCCCUGUCGAGCUGGGGAAGCUGCUCGCUCGUCAGACAGGCAGAUCACAAGGCCCUGGGUCUGUGCCGGUGAGAGGGCCCUUUGCCGGGGACAUCCCUCCUGUGUCGUACAGCGAUGAACCGCCGAGUCCGCGUCAGUCGCCUGACAUGAAUAAACAGAGAAUGCUGGAUGCUGCUCUAGCAGACAUGAUGUCAGAGCCAAAGUCGUCAGACGAAGUCCACCAGGGAGUCGCUCCCGGGUCUUUCAACAGACCGCCGGGACCAAUGGAAGGGGCUCCUCCAACUUACAUGAAUGGUACAGCCGAGCCGUUCAACGCGGAUGUUGUAAACAGUGCUCCUCCCCCACAACACCCGCCUCUUUCACAACAACAACAACAACAACAACAACAACAACAACAACAACAACAACAACAACAACAACAACAACAACAACAUUCCCCUCCCCCGCAUCUCCCCCCUCCCCCACCGGAGCGGCAAGUGGUGCCCAGCCCGCCGGCGCUCCAGUUCGGCAGCCCCGGGGACCAGCUGGGGGAGUUCACGGAUCCAGUCCGUGUCAGGGUGUCGGAAACAGGCGACAUCUUCGUCCUGGAUCGUAAGAGAAAAAGUAUCAGCGGCCGCCUCCACAAGUUCGACUCACAGGGCGCGCUGCUGAAAACGUUCGGCACGAGAGACAUCUACCCCGUCUCGUUUGUGUUGAACAAGGACAGGACAUUCUGCAUUAUGGACAACGACGAAGGGGGCGUCAUCAUACAAAGGUACAGUGAAGAAGGUGAUCCCAUCCAAGAGAACGUCUUCAGUCCCAGUGGCGGGAAGUUUAAAAGUCUCCGUGACGCCACGUCUCUUCCUGACGAUGAGAUCGCGAUUAUCGACAACGCAGGGCUGGUGUGUGUCAUCAACAGUCGCGGGGAGGAACAGAGACGCUUCAUGGUCCACCCAGAGAACAAAGUCAAGCGCCGAACGUCCUUCGGAAGCAAGAAGAACCUGACCCGAGGGGAUUUCUACCUCGGCAGCAACCCGCAGAACGGAGACAUCCUGGUGGCCUCGGGCUUCGACCACUCCGUCAGGGUGUUCGACAGCCUCGGCAAUCUCCGUGUGCAGUUCGGAUCAGUCGGGAAAAAGGAGUCCAACCUGAAGAGUCCCAAAUGUCUGUGUGUGGACAGGGAAGGUUAUGUUAUUGUAGCCGACUCUGGCAACUCGCGAGUGUCCGUGUUUAACGAGCGGGGACGCUUUGUCGGGCACGUCGGGGUGCGGGCGGGCGGGCUGGACAAACCGUACGGCAUCGCGCGCACGGCAGACGGCAGGGUCGUGGUGUCUGACACGGGGAGAUGCUGCGGAUUUGUGUUCAAUUACCAGUAAUGGAGAUGAAGUCACGCUGUACAAUUUCAGGGUGGCAAAACAAAACAAAAUAAUCCCUCCUACUAUAAAAU